AUGCAGUCCGCCGCCGCCGCCAACGUGGUCGCCAGUAAACCGGCCAACGAGCCAGCUGACAAUGUCCGCCUCCAGGUUCGCCGCCCCGAUGCGCCAAAGAACAUGGUCGGCACCUUUACCCACAUCAUCCGCAACCACGGCAUGACAGGCCUCUACAACGGCCUCUCGGCCUCCCUCCUCCGCCAAAUGACCUACUCCACCGUCCGCUUCGGCGCCUACGAGGAGAUGAAGAUCCGCGCCACCCGCGCAAACGACGGCAAACCCCCUUCCUUCCCCGUCCUCGUCGCCAUGGCCUCGGCCGCGGGCUUCGUCGGCGGCAUCUCGGGAAACGCCGCCGACGUCCUCAACGUCCGCAUGCAGCAGGACGCCGCCCUCCCCGCCGCCGAGCGUCGCAACUACAGCCACGCCCUCGAGGGCAUGCUCCGCAUGGCGCGCGAGGAAGGCAUCAUGAGUUGGUUCAGGGGCGUCCUGCCCAAUAGUAUGCGCGCCGCGGCCAUGACGGCCUCGCAGCUCGCAUCGUAUGAUACCUUCAAGGGUAUGCUCAUCCGCCACACGCCCAUGGGAGAUAACCUGACGACGCACUUUACGGCCUCGUUCCUCGCUGGUGCCGUGGCCGCUACGGUGACGAGCCCCAUUGAUGUCAUCAAGACGCGGGUUAUGUCGGCGAGCACCCAGGAGGGGCUGGUGCAUACCCUGGCCAAGAUUUACAAGGCCGAGGGCCUUGGGUGGAUGUUCAAGGGCUGGGUGCCCAGUUUCCUCCGCCUCGGACCACAAACCAUCUGUACAUUUGUCUUCCUAGAAAUGCACCGCAAUGUCUAUAGAAAGGUCGCCGACACCGGCUACGGUGAAGAUGCGUCCAUCAAGGGGUAA